AUGGCGCAUGCAUUUUUUUGGCUCCUGCCUCUUUUAUACAAAACGUGUCUGGGACAUGCUUGGGCGGCAAGUAACUUUCUUAUGACGGGACCCAAGGCCUAUCUCACCUAUGCAACCAGCGUGCAGCGCGGCGCACAGAGUGGGACUGAGGAGUGCAAACACCAGUUUGCGUGGGAUAGAUGGGACUGUCCCGACUCAGCCACUCAGGCCAAAGGACUAAAACGAGCCACCAGAGAGACGUCUUUCGUCCACGCCAUCAGUGCAGCGGGGGUGAUGUACACUCUGACCAGGAACUGCAGUCUGGGAGACCUCGACAACUGCGGCUGUGAUGUCUCCAAGAACGGGAAGAUUGGCGGUCGUGGCUGGUUGUGGGGCGGCUGCAGUGACAACGUGGAUUUCGGAGAGAGGAUUUCCAAACAGUACGUGGACGCGCAGGAGACCGGACAGGACUCCAGGGCGGCUGUCAACCUGCACAACAACGCUGCUGGGCGGCUGGCUGUGAAGGCAACAAUGAGGCGCAUCUGCAGGUGUCACGGCAUGUCUGAGAGCUGCAGUGUCCAAACCUGCUGGACGCAGCUUUCAGAUUUCAGAGAGAUCGGCAACUACUUGAAGAUCAAGCACAGCCAAGCCCAAAAGCUGGACGUGGAGAAGAGGCGCAUGCGUGCCGGAAACAGCGCGGACAACCGGGGCGCCAUCGUGGACGCGCUCGGCGGGGUCGCGCACACGGAGCUCAUCUACCUGGAGGACUCCCCGGACUACUGCCGGAGGAACACCAGCAUGGGGCUGUACGGCACCGAGGGCCGCGAGUGUGUGCAGCACGGAGAAGGUCUGACCCAGUGGGAGAGGCGCAGCUGCCGCAGGCUGUGUCACGAGUGCGGCCUGAGGGUGGAGGAGAGACGCACGGAGGUAGUGAGCAGCUGCAACUGCAAAUUCCACUGGUGCUGCACGGUGCACUGCGAAGACUGCUCCCAGGUCAUAGUGACGCACGUGUGCGCCAGGAGGGAAGGGGCUGACGGGCACGGCUACAGACGGAGACACCGUGGACCCAAGGGGAAAUAA